UAAUAUAAAUUAUAAAUUUCCAAAAUGAUAUAUAAUUUGUUAUGUAUUAUUUGCAUUAUAUUUUUAUCAAAAUGUUCUAUAUUUUUGAAUUAUAGAUAAGCGAAUUGCCGAUAUUAUAGCUUGCAAUCUUUCCGGCACGAUUUAGGCGGGAAGAUUACUUCAAGAAUUAUUACAUGUGAUUAAUAUUAUAUAUGAGAAAAUAAGUCUAUAAAAUUUAUAUUUGAAAAUAUUGUGAAAAUAAAUUUGAAAAAAUGCCACCAAAAAUAUCAAGAGAUUAUACAAAAGAUAGGGAAAAGUUAAAAACUUUUUUGACGGAAUUUGUAAUAAUGGAUGAUAUAACUGAUGAAAAAACAUUUAAAUACAGAAAACAACUCACUAAUAUUGCUCAUCGUGAACAAGUAGAUUUAACAAUAGAAUUAGAUGAUGUACAUGAAUUUGAUGAUGAAUUAGCAAUGUGUAUUGUAAAUAAUACUAGAAGAUAUGUCAAUUUACUUUUGGAGCUUAUUCAAGAAAUGCUACCUGAUUUUAAAGAAAGACAUAUACCUCCAAAAGAUGCUCUGGAUGUAUACAUUGAACAUAGAUUAUUAAUGGAGAGUCGUAAUAGACAUCUUGGAGAGCAACGUGAUCCAAGAAAUAAAUAUGCUCCGGAACUUAUGAGACGCUUUGAAGUAUAUUUCAAAGAUUUUGAUACAACAAAAGCAUAUUCUGUGAGAGAUAUAAAAGCUGAUAAAAUAGGAAAAUUAAUUACGGUGCGGGGUAUAGUAACAAGAAGUAGUGAUGUAAUGCCUUUGCUUGUUGUUGCUACAUAUACAUGUGAUCAGUGUGGUGCUGAAACAUUCCAACCAGUUCAAUCUCUUAAAUAUAUGCCAUUACGAGAAUGCCCCAGUGAUGAUUGUCGUAUAAAUAAAUCUGGUGGUGUAUUAGAUAUGCAAACAAGAGGAUCAAAAUUUGUGAAAUUUCAAGAAAUAAAAAUACAAGAACAUAGUGAUCAAGUUCCUGUAGGUCAUAUUCCAAGAGCAUUGACAAUAUAUUGCAGAGGUGAAACAACAAGAAAAUGUUUACCUGGAGAUCAUGUACUUAUUACGGGUAUUUUCUUACCUAUUAUAAAAUCUGGUUUUAAUGCUCGAGUGGGUGCAGCUCUUUUGAAUGAAACAUAUAUAGAUGCACAUAGGAUUGUUCGUCUUAUUAAUUCGCAAAGCUCUGAUGAUAACGACACGAUAUUAAAAGAUGAGGAAUUAUCUUUAUUUAUGGAGGAUGAUUUUUAUGGUAAAUUAGCUCGUUCUAUUGCUCCAGAAAUUUAUGGACUUGAAGAUGUUAAAAAAGCACUCUUGUUACUCUUAGUUGGUGGUACAGAUAAACACAAAGAUGAUAUUAAAAUUAGAGGUAACAUUAAUAUUUGUUUAAUGGGUGAUCCUGGAGUUGCCAAAUCUCAAUUACUUUCAUUUAUAACGAGAUUGGCACCUCGUUCUCAAUAUACGACAGGCAGAGGAUCUUCCGGAGUAGGUUUAACCGCUUCGGUUAUGAAAGAUCCUUUAACUGGUCAAAUGAUGCUCGAAGGAGGAGCUUUAGUAUUAUCCGAUCAAGGUGUUUGUUGUAUCGAUGAAUUUGAUAAGAUGGCAGAUGCCGAUCGAACUGCUAUUCACGAAGUGAUGGAGCAACAAACUAUAUCAAUUGCUAAAGCAGGCAUUACAACUCGUUUGAAUGCAAGAGUUUCGAUAUUAGCUGCAGCAAAUCCUGCUUAUGGUAGAUAUAAUCCUAAAAGAACAAUUGAACAGAAUAUUCAGUUACCUGCUGCUUUAUUAUCACGAUUUGAUUUACUGUGGCUAAUUCAGGAUCGAGCAGAUCGUAAUAAUGAUUUAAAAAUGGCUCAACAUAUAACUUAUGUUCAUCAACAUUGUAUAGAACCACCGAUGCAAUCGCAAGCUUUGGAUAUGAAUUUAAUGAGGAGAUAUAUUACUUUAUGUAAAACAAAACAGCCCGUUAUUCCAGAAGAGUUGACCGAUUAUAUAGUUGAGUCUUAUGUAGAAAUGAGAAGAGCAGCUCGCAAUGGUGAAGACAAAACUUUUACAUCUGCGCGUAAUUUACUAGCAUUAUUACGUUUGUCGACUGCAUUGGCACGUUUAAGAUUAUCAGAUAUCGUCGAAAAAGCGGAUAUCGUUGAAGCGAAUAGAUUAAUAGAGAUGUCUAAGCAUUCUAUCAAUUAUUCCGAAAGAUUAUUAACAAAUGUCCAACAGAAUCCAAUAAAUCGAAUCUUUCAUCUUAUUAGAGAAUUAGCGGCUGAUAAGAAAACUGUUAAAGUAUCGGAUAUAUUAGAACGAUGUACUAAUAAAGGAUUUAAACCUGAUGAAAUUAACGAUUGUAUUGAAGAAUACGAGGCAUUGAAUGUGUGGCAAGUGAAUCAGACACGAACACAAAUUACUUUUAUCUAAAUAUUUCGUUUCUUGUAAAUUUAAUGUAUUGGAUGCAUUAUUUUUUUAUACUUUGAUAUGUAAUUUUAAAAGUAUUUUUUUAUAUUUUGACUUAUUACUAUAAAUAAAUUAUAUAUUUUCUUUAUUAUAAUACAAUACAUUGAUAUACGUAAAUUUAUUUAAUUGUGUAUUUUCGUAUAUUGAUAAUUUUGUUUCAAGUUAUAAUGGAAUUAAUGCCAAAAAAGAUAAUAGCUGGUGGCGACACGCAACGUCUUUGGAAAGCAUCAAAAAUAUCAUUUGGGUAGGUAAGUAAGCAAGUAUGUAUCUACUAGGUAGGCAACUAGUUCGGAGUGGUUUGAAAGUUAGGUGGGAGAAGGUAUAGGGUAGCGACGAAUCGGAACGAGCGUAGUGGGAGAGUGUCAGUCGGUCGAAUUGUGAAUACGCGGUGCCGCUCUCGGCACUUCAGUCGCAUCGAGCUACUCGUGGAACGCGUGUCGUGUUGUGCAUGCAUGCAUGCUUGCGUGCGGUUAAACGUGCGUGCAUGUGUGUGCUUAUUAUUGUGGUGUACCCGGAGUGGUCGCGUGUGCAUGUGUGCGGGUCAUAACACGGUGUUGCGCGGUCUCGACAGUGCAUGUCGUGAUUACUAUAGCCAUCGUCUCGUCUGUCCGUCCAUCGCGAUCACGCCAAAUGCACGUCUCGCGCUUCUCGAGAUCUUGCAGUAACACCCGUGGUUGUUGCUGUGCCGUUUGACAGCGCGGCCGAUUCGAAGAACGAAGAGGAAAGGGGAAGGAAGCCGCGUCUAGUCCCGCGGUUGAUGACUCUUCGAACGAUCGUACCGAAUACGCGACGACGAAGGAGGAGAAAGAGGAAUUGAAUCGUCUCGUUGCUCGUGCUACGUCUCUUUUUCUCUGUUCUUCUUGCGCUUCAGAGCACGAUUUACGGAACUUACCACCAAUCUUUUUCGCACAGUUUCCGCUCCCGGUUUCUCUUUCUUUCGCUUUUGCUUUUCUUUACCGAUUCAUCUCGCCGAUUUGGCCAUUUUGCCAAAAUGAAAAUAAUUCAGAGGUAUCGUCGUGCGAUUCUGGCACCUGUAUCGAUCGUGAUAUUAUUAUGCGGUUGUACCGAUCUCGUGUCAUCUCGAUCGCCACGUUUUGCCGAACAUCCAAAAAAUGAUACCGACUUCGUGUCCGUUGACUGUGAACGUGUCAAGCCGUUUUUCGAGAGCAAGAAUAUCACGAUCUUGGUUGAUAGGAAGCAAGCUACAGCAGAAGACAUCGCAAAAAGUAAGUGAUUAAUUUGAUUAUUUUAAUAAUCAUUUUUCGAUAAUUUGCUUAUAUCAAUUAUUGUUUGUAAUUUAUACUUUAAUAUCGAGUCGAAGCAAAAAAAUCGAAUUCAGAAAACUAUUCUCAUUUUGAACCAAUCUUGUUGAACUUAUAAGUCAUAUUUAAUUUCUAUUAGUCGAGAAUUUCGCAAAUGAGUGAAAUUUGGCAUAGUAGAUACUCUGCAAUUCGUUGGAGGAAAUGAUCUAAAAGACUUGAUUAUGGUCGGUUGACUCUAAUUACGAAGUUUUAUUUAGUAGUCCUCGAAAAGUCGUUACAUUAAAUGACACUUAAUGUUAUUACAUCAAAUAACACUUGAGUACUUCUUGUAAAAACCUGUUUCAAUUGUCGUGAGAGCGAUAAAUCUUACAUCAUAGGUAUCUUUUAUGGUAUGUUUCUUACCGACACAGCCUGAUAAAUGAUGUCCGUUUAUAGAGAAACUUUUCGCGCGCUUAUUUGCAAUUUCCUUUAAAAGUUAUGUCGAUAUUUAGGUUAUUCGAAAAACUUGAUUCCAUUCUUUUAAGCAUAAAUAAAUUUUAAAUAUGUUUCAAUGUUAUAAAAUUUAUUACAACUUUCAAUUCUUUUCUAUAUUUAAGAAAUUAUUUAAUUGUUAAUAGAAAAUGAUUAACUUUUUACACGUAUAAAAUCAUUCAACGUCAGAUGACUGUGAUCAUUAAAUAAUCAUAUUAUAUAAAUUGUUUAUGUUAUUAUUAGUUGACUGUAUUACUUAUAAGUUAAUAAAUAAUUUUCGAGAAAAAUAGAAAAAAAA